ACACGGUCUGGGGUCACAGUGCAACAGUCCCACCUCACAAUGGUGACUGCCACCUUUUAACCAGGGGCCGCCGCACGUCCUCCCACUUGUCCCUGAGAGGCCGAGGGGACUCCAGGCACUCUCCAGGGAGUUGCUCUUGCCACUGCUCUGCUUUGGAGGAGCUGCUCUGCAGUGAGGAGGAGAAGGUGGCGAGAGAGGCCACAGCAGGGGUGGAACUGAGAUGGCAAAAUACUUCUCAGGGCCUUGCAUGCCUCCAACAACUGAGAAGCUCUUAAAUUCUGAGCUCGCUAAGAUUUGGGCCAGCGCCUCCUAUUACCUGAGUCAACAGCUGGCUCUCCACCAGGCUGUCCGCAUUCCUAGCCUUGGAACAUUCACAGUUGUCACAGAGCAAGUAGCCAGCCAGAAAAACGACAUCGUGACUGUUGAGAGACCCAUGUUUCAUCUGGCUAAGGCUAUUGUGCACAACCAUGACCUCCGAUACGACUACAUAGACGUUCCAGGCCACCUGCAUUUUGAGGAACUGCCGUACGCUCAGAUCGCCUCAGAAAACAAUGUCUCUGAGAGCUUAGUGCGGCUUUGCGUAGAAAGGACCACGCGUCUCUUCUGUGUCUGCAUAGAGGACAGGCAGAACAUUGCCUUCCUUUGGAGAGACGUUGGCAUGCUGAUCAUCGAGGGCAAGGACGUAAAAUGA